AUGGAGGGUGGUGCGAGUAAUGAAGUAGCAGAGAGCAGCAAGAAGAUAGGGAGAGGGAAGAUAGAGAUAAAGAGGAUAGAGAACACUACGAAUCGCCAAGUCACUUUCUGCAAACGACGCAAUGGUCUGCUCAAGAAAGCUUAUGAGCUCUCUGUCCUGUGUGACGCUGAGGUUGCUCUCGUCAUCUUCUCCACUCGAGGUCGUCUCUACGAGUACGCCAACAACAGUUUCUAUGAGCCUCAAUCUCUGUUGGAAGUCUGA